UCUCGCGCUGGACAAGGUCUUCACUAUGCUUCGCCGGUUGACAACCAAGGGUGUCUUAGAGGCGCUUGCGUCCACGCACCCUGGUUGCGCUUCGCGGCGCAUUUUUUUCCCCGGCGCCGCGAAUGCCACUCAAUGGCAGCGACAGCCGGAGCAGCAGCAGUGGAUAUCUUCAUCCACAAGGGGACUCAAUAACUCAUCCGCAGCAGCAGCAGCAGCAGCAGCAGCAGCACCUUCAGGGGAGAAAAGAAAGCAGGACUGGGCCCCCGGCACGCCGCCAGCGGGCAGGGACCAAACCAUCGGGGAGGCCUUUGCUGCUAUGCAGUACCACGCCAGGGGGACAAGAAAGGUGAAGGCGAGCGUUCUGAACCGCAUCCUGGAGCGAGUGACGUCCGCGGAAGAUCUCAAGUACGCGUGCCUGGGACUCAAGAUCUUCAAGACGCAGGGCAUCGACCUCGAAAAAAAGACCGCCACUCUCUUCGUCAAGGCUUGUUGCAAGGCGGGUUCACCCCAGAUGGCAGUGGAUGUCCUGGGGGAGGCCGCCAAAUACGGGCUAGACGGAGAAGGUGUGGUCAGCGCUCAUCGCUUCAACUAUCUCUUGAGCCAGCUCUACAUUGCCGGAGACUCGGAAACCUUCACCCGAGCCGUGUCGGAGGCUGAGCACCGGCAGCAGUCUCUCAACGCUCGUUCGCACACCCUUAUCUCCAAGUUUGAGGGGGAGAUGAGGGCCAAGGAAGAAGCCAGGGUAAAGGCGGAGGAAGAGGAGGCCGCCAGGGUAAAGGCGGAGGAAGAGGAGGCCGCCAGGGCGGAGGAAGAGGAAAAGGCGAGGAUACAGAAGGAGGAGGAAGAGCGCAAGGCCCAGCAAGAGGCGGCGGCGGCAGCGGCAGCGGCGGAGGAGGCGAGCCUAAAAGAGAAGGCAGAGGAGGAGGCCGCCGCGGCACUGGAAGCGCAGAAGGCAGAGGAGGACAGGGCGAAGGAAGAGGCAGCUACAGCAGGGGGGAAUGGCGAUGUUUCGUCCCCGGGUGGCGGCGACGCCAAGGCGGAACCAGAAGCAGAAGGAGGAGAGGAGAAGCGAUGAGCACUGGCAGAGAGCCGGAGAAGGUGGCGCGACAGUACUUUUACGCUGUCGUUCGGUGCCUACCGUCGAGUUUGUUGGCGCUUGGCCUCGUCUCGGGGCAAGCAAUUAAUGCCAGUAGGUUCCGGUGGUUGGUUCGGGUCCUUGCGUCUGAAUACCGCGGGCGGCAGGGCCAAGGGCAAGGAACUUUCGACGAAAAGCAGAGACACUCUUGUUCAAUCAGAGAUUUAUCAUCAGCUGGGCCCGGGGAGGUUGGCUUUGUUUCCCGGAAAGCAUCAGAAGAUAACUCAAGCAGGG